AUGGCUGCCGCUGCUGCGAUGACUCGCGGCCGUCUCGUCGCGCUCGUCGGCGUGCUCGUCCUCGCCGUCUGCCUCCAGGCGGCGGUGGCGGCGAAAGGGACGCCGUAUAUAGUCGGUGGGGCGGACGGGUGGCGCGUGCCGCCGCCGGAGGUCAAGGAGCGGUACUACGCCGACUGGGCCUCCAGCAUCACCUUCUACGUCGACGAUUCCAUCGAGUUCGUGUACAGGAACGACUCGGCGAUCAUGGUGAGCAAGGCGGGGUACUACCACUGCAACGAGACCGCCCCCAACGCGGUGCCGCACGACGGCACCACGCUCUUCGUCCUCAACUCGCCCGGCCCCGCCUACUUCGCCAGCGCCGACCGCGGCCGCUGCGCCAUGGGGGAGCGCCUCAUGAUCGACGUCCUCCCCGCCGCCGCCGCGCCGGCCCCGUGGCCCGCGGCGCCCGGGCCGUGGUCGCCGUGGCUGCUGUCGCAACCUCCAGCGGCGGCGGGCACGUCGCCCGUGCAGCACCAGCACUCCGCCGCCGCCGCGACGCUCGCUGCGCCGUCCUCCGCAGCUCACGCCGUCGUCGUCCUGGCGCCCGUCGCGCUGGCGCUCGCAGCCGGCCUCGUUUGA